AUGGAUGUUCUGACUCAGAUGGAAAAUUUUUCUGAGUUCUUUGAAUUUACCGAACUGCCAUCUUGGCCUUUUUCUUUUGGGAGUUCCAAUAUUGGUGCCACUUCACAUCGCUUUCAAAACCCAACUCCCCCCAUUCUCCCUUCUUAUGCUCUCUCAUCCACCGCUUCAAUGAACAACGCCACUCACCCUCUUGCACCACCCUGUCCUCCACCCCAUUCCCCUGCCGCCACCCCAAACUCCCACACGAAGCAGCAGCAGCAAGAUUCAAUGGGCGCGAUGAGGGAGAUGAUAUAUAGGAUAGCGGCGAUGCAGCCGAUCCAGAUUGACCCAGAAGCGGUUAAGCCACCAAAGCGGCGGAAUGUGAAGAUAUCAAAAGAUCCACAGAGCGUAGCGGCGCGGCAUAGAAGAGAGAGAAUAAGCGAGAGAAUUAGAAUACUUCAAAGAAUAGUCCCUGGCGGCACCAAAAUGGACACCGCUUCCAUGUUAGACGAGGCCAUUCAUUACGUCAAGUUCUUGAAAAGCCAAGUCCAAUCCCUCCAAAUAGCUGCCAACAACCGCCCCUCCUCUGCCUUUGGCUUUCCGGCGGCGAUGUCGGCCGGUGGAAGCAACUACAAGCAAUUCCAGUUUGCUCAAACUGGACAUGAGCACGUGGAGGAUGCUUGA